AGAGAAAAUGGGUAUAACAAAUACUCAAGGAAAUGGAUGUUUUUCAAUGUUGGGUGAUUCGAGGGUUUGGCUUAUUUUUGGAUUUGUUGUCUCUGUUAAAUUUAUGUUGAUCAACAGCUAUCAUUCUACUGAUUUUGAGGUCCAUCGUAAUUGGAUGUCUAUAGUCUACAAUUUACCUCUCGGGCAUUGGUAUCAUUCAAAAAUUUCAAAAUGGACGUUGGACUAUCCUCCUUUCUUUGCUUAUUUUGAAUGGGUGUUGGCUAAACUCGCUUCUUUUAUUGACCCAAAUAUUUUAACUCUUGGAAAAGAUGGAUAUUUUUCGACAUCUACACUUUAUUUUCAAAGAAUUAGUGUUAUAAUGGCCGAUUUUAUUUAUUUUCUGGGUUGUGCUAGCGUUUCUUCUUCAUUUGUUUCCACAGAAUGGGCUGUCGGAGAGAAGUUUAUGGCUAGAGCAAAAUUGUGUCUUUUUACUCUUUUAAUGUUAAAUCCGGCUCUUAUAAUUUUGGAUAAUAUUCAUUUUCAAUAUAAUGGAUUUUUGUAUGGUUUUCUUCUUUUAUCGAUUGGGUCAAUUGCUAGAGGGGAUUUUUUGAAGGGUGCUCUAUUUUACGCAAUUCUAUUAAACUUCAAACAUUUAUAUUUAUAUUAUGCCCCAGCAUUUAUUAUUUUUUAUUUGUCUUGGUAUCUUUAUUGGGAAGAAUCUGGUGGGAGAGUAUUUUCUUUAAUGGCAAUUUUGGUUGGAAUUUUUUCACUUUCAUUUGGCCCUUUUUUGAUUGAAGGAAUUGCGGCUUUUAAUUUUAAAGAUGGUAUUCGUUCUUCAAUAGGCCAAAUAUUAUCACGUCUUUUUCCAUUCAAAAGAGGAUUAACACACGCAAAUUGGGCACCAAACUUUUGGGCUUUGUAUAAUUUUGUUGAUGCUGGGCUGGCUAAAAUUAUUUUUUAUUUUUCUGGAAAAGAUUGUUCGGCUGGUAUGGCUUCAAUUUUACUUAAAAAGUGUCCGCCAACAUCUGAAUUUACAAAAGGAAUUGUUGGGGAAUAUUCUCAUUCAAUUUUGCCUGAUAUUUCACCUAUAAUUACAUUAAUUAUAAUUUUUGUAAUUUUAAUUGCUUCGUUUUGGCGUUUUAAAGAUAUUGAGGAAUAUUCCCACACAGAUUUUUUAUUAAUUUCAAUGUUGUUGUCUGCUUACCCAUUUUUUCUUUUUGGAUGGCAUGUACACGAAAAGGCUAUUUUAAUGUUAUUUUUUCCUUUGGCUAUACUUUCAAUUAAAGAUUCUCGUUUUAUGGAGCCAUUUUCAUUAAUGUUUUUAAUUUCAACAUUUGCUCAAUUUAAUUUGUUAUUUACCCCAAUAGAACAUUAUUUAAUUAAAAUUAGCUUUAUUUUUGGAAUUUUUGCUGUUGGAAUAUUUGUAUUUAAUUAUUUGUGGCAAAUUAGUCCAUCAGAAUUAAUUAGAUGUCCAGUUGCUUUUUUGUUGUCUAGAAUGGUUUUAUUGGCUGAAUUUUAUUCUUUAAUUGGUCAUAAAUUGCUAUUUUCUUCUACUGAAUACGAUUUUCUUCCAAUUAUGGUUACAUCAGUAAUUUGUUCUUUAGCGGUUAUAUACUCUUAUAUUGGUAUUUUACUUGGUGUUUUUGGAAUUGAUUUUGGUAUAAAAAUUGCUAAGAUGAAAUUGUAUAGAAAAGAGGCAAAAAUUCUUUCUUUACCUGAAACGACAGAAUUUGAUGAACGUUCAAUAAGAUACAUUGCAGGUAUUGAUCUUUCUGCAUCUACAAAUCACCCAUCAUUUGGGGUUGUUGGAUUGACUGUUUUGGCUUAUCCUAGUAUGAAGGUUGUUUAUUGUGCUGAUGAACCAGUUCUUCUAAGUGCUUUAGGAGGUGUAAUGCCUUAUUUACCCGAAUAUUUUGCUAUUAGAGAAGCGAAGCCUUUACUUCGUGUAGUUCGACGUCAUUUAAAAAAUUGUCCAAAAAUUGAUUUGAUUUUUGUUGAUGCAAAUGGGAAAUGGCAUUCUAGAGGUUGUGGUUUGGCUUGUCAUAUUGGUUAUGAAUUGGGCAUUCCUACAAUUGGAGUUGCCAAAAAACUUAAUGAAGCUCCACUUUUGUAUUCUGGAUAUUGUACACGUGAGGAUUUGGCGGAGAUUAAUUCGGAAAUUUGUGAAAAAUGUGAUGACUCUGAAGGAUCAGCAACAAUGUUUUACUUAAAUUGGAAUAAGAAAAAUGAAAAUAAUGGUUCAAUAAAAUUGCCAAGUUUGGCUGUUAUCCACACAAAAUCGUCAAAAAAGGCUUUUUAUGUUUCUGUUGGUUUUGGUAUAGAUUUUGUUUCUGCAUCAAAAAUUGCUUUUAAUUGUAUUGGAAAGAAUUCGUAUAAUGUAAAUCCUAUUAGAUUGGUUUGUUUUUAUUUUAUUUGGAUUUUGCAUACAAAAAUGUCCGCAACUAUUGUCCGCAAAAAAUUUAGUUUUUCUUAG